AUGAAUGGACCGCGUCCCUCGACUCGCGCGUUCCUAUCCGAUCUCUCAUCUCUACAGGCGGACUCGAAGAUCCGCUUUCUUGGCUGCGUGACGCACUAUACCAUCGCCACCGGACAUCUGAUCCUGGAACACAACUAUCCACGCAGCAAGGUUGCGCCAAGCUCUGUAUCUGUCGAUGUCAAUGCCCUCCUUGAGGACCUGACCGCCGAAGAUCUGCGCGUGGGGGCAUGGUUGAAUGUUCUGGGCUAUGUUAGAGAGUCGGAGCCAGCGCUGCCACCAUCUUCAUUCUCUUCGACUGCUAAAGACGCAAACCGGUCAAGUCAGAGGCCUUCCACGGUGUUCCCUCGUCCAGUGUACAUCGAGGCAAUCAUGGUUUUCCCAGCAGGAGCUAUUGCACUCGGCGAGUAUGAGCGGAUCCUUUGCAAUUCCCAGCAAGUAGAGCGGAUGAUACAGUCUAUUCACUGA